AUGCAAAGCUGUUAUUUGUUUUAUAUAUUGACUUGCAUAUCGACGGCUUCAGUGCAGGGUAUUAAUACCGGAAUCAAUAUAAAUGCUGAUACCGAAAUUGCAUAUAACAUUUCAGUGGCCAUAUAUGAGAUACUUAAAAUAUCCUUUGUAGGCGUGCAACAGCAGCGUGUUUAUAAUUUGUUCUCACAGGCUACGCAGAAAAAACGUUUAACUUUUUUCGGUGAAAUUACAAAUAAUUUGGCCAGCGUCGAAAAUAUUGAAAUCAGUGCAAGAAUUGGUAUGGGUACAGGGCUAAUAAAGGAUAAUGAGCGGCACUACAGUGUACUACUAGUGGAUUCGAUACAAUCCUUUAGCGCUUAUCCUUAUAAUGACUACCAUUGCCAAGGAUUUGCACCGACAAUACAAAAUAAAUUUGUCAAUUUGCAUUGGCAGCAUCAGCAGUUUUAUCCAGAUAAACUUGCAAACUUCCAUGGCUGUCCAUUAAAGUGCGCCACUUGGGAGAAUAUGCCAUUUUUCGCCGUCAAGCGUAAUCGAGACAAUGAAGUGCUGUACAUGAUUGGUUUCGAGGGCAAGCUAUUGGAGUACAUUGCUACAAAAAUGAAUUUUUCGGUGCAAUUUUACUGGAUGAAUGAAGAGGAAAUUAAACAAACAGUGGAUGAUGAAAACACUAUUUUUGAUAAGCUUUUUUCAACAGGUACAGACUUCGUAUUUGGUGCAUUCCAGUAUAAAGCAACUCAAACAACUGAUUCCCAUUCACCGACUACUCCAUAUUAUCUAAGCAGAUUUUACUUUAUAGUAAAUUCCGAUCUAGAGCAUUAUGGUCCUUUGCUUAAAUUAACACUGCCAUUCAUGAAUGAAAUUUGGUAUCUAUUAGCAAUUACAUACAUUUGUGGUUUUAUAUUUACCGGAGCUCUAUAUUUCAUUGACAAGUCGAAAAGAUAUUUUAUAGUCGGCUACAAAAAUAAGACUCCACUUUACAACAUGUUCAUAGCAAGUCUAGGUGGGACUAUAAUAACGCCACCAAAUAGAAAUUUUGCUCGUUUCAUACUCUUCCUGUGGAUAAUGAAAACUAUGGUGUUACGUAUAGCAUAUCAGGCUUUUCUGUACCAUUUUAUAAAAUCUGACUUACAUUUGUUACCUCCACAAACUAUACUUGAACUAUAUCAACAAAAAUAUGAUGUUUUUGUAACCGAUGUUGUAUAUGAUCUACUGGACGACUUACCGCUCCUACGUACUAUAACACACGUAUCGAAUGCGACUAACCUCUAUAAUUUUGAUUUGAUAAAAAACAAUACUUCAAAGGUAUCAAUUUUAACAGCUUUGGAGUAUUUUGGUUACUAUAGACGUGAGAAUGUAUACAAUACCGACUUCUAUGUCAUACCGGACAAAUUAUUUACUCAACAGUUAAGUAUUUAUAUGCGUAAAAAUUCGAUGAUUCUCUCGCAAUUUAAUCAGUUAAUUGCACUUUAUGCCAGCGUAGGUUUAAUGGAUAAAUGGGAGCGAGAAUUAAUUGAGACGAGAACAAGUUCGGUUAUAAAUAUUGGAGAUAAGUUGCCGCAAGUCAUGACAUUAAAGCAACUAUAUGGUGCUGUACUUUUAUUGCUCUUUGGCUACUGCUUGAGUUUAUUGGUUUUCCUCAUUGAGAUUUUAUUUUGGUCGACGCAAAAGAUGUUUAAAAAGUUAAAAUGUUCUCGAAAAAGAAAAUAUCCAAAGAAGUGUCACACAAACAGAAAUUUUUACAAUUGA